GGAUGGAUCCAGUUUGCGCUUCGUGAUUUUUGGGAAGCAAAAGUGGAUCCUGCUUGGAUUAUCCCAGCUCAUGUGAUAGAGAUGAGGAGCAAAAUCUCUGUGCUCUUCUUUAGGGAUGCGCUUUUAGAGAGGAAAGUAGAUGACGGAUUUUAAUCCGGUAGAAUAAAAAAAAUCCCCCGCAUGCGUUUAUAACCCAAAAUGGUUGCAGAAACGGCGCGUGAUUAAGAGCGGACUUUAAACUGGACUUUAAUGCUGAAUGCUAUACAGAGAGGAGAGAGGGUGAGAUCUGCACAUGGCUGCUCGGAUGGAAAAAGGACUUUGGCUGCUUUUCCUCACCACGGCGUUGUGCGCUGAGGUUGAGGAGCGAUUAAUUAAUUACCUCCUGUCUCCUGAGCGCUACAACAAGCUCAUACGACCAGCAGUCAACAAGAGCCAGCAGGUGACCAUCGCCAUCCAGGUGUCUCUAGCUCAGCUCAUCAGUGUGAAUGAAAGGGAACAGAUUAUGACCACGAACUGCUGGCUCACUCAGGUGUGGAAUGAUUACAGAUUAAUGUGGAAUCCAGACGAGUACGAAGGGGUCAUGAAAGUUCGUCUUCCUACACAGCACAUAUGGCUGCCAGACAUCGUCCUCUACAAUAAUGCAGACGGGACUUACGAGGUGUCCUUCUACUCCAAUGCCGUCGUGUCCAGUAAUGGUGAGGUUGCUUGGUUACCACCAGCCAUCUAUAAAAGCGCAUGUAAGAUCGAGGUGCGAAAUUUUCCGUUCGACCAGCAGAACUGCACACUGAAGUUCCGCUCGUGGACGUAUGACCACACCGAGAUCGAUCUGGUCCUGCUCUCCGAUUUCGCAAGCCGCGACGACUUUAAACCCAGUGGCGAGUGGGACAUCGUGUCACUUCCAGGUCGCAAGAACGAAGACCCAGACGACAUCACUUACCUGGAUAUCACUUACGACUUCAUCAUCAAGCGCAAGCCACUGUUCUACACCAUCAACCUGAUUGUUCCAUGUGUUCUAAUCACAUCUCUGGCCAUCUUGGUUUUCUACUUGCCUUCAGACUGUGGUGAGAAGAUUACUUUGUGUAUCUCAGUUCUCCUGGCCCUAACCGUUUUCCUUCUUCUCAUCUCCAAGAUCGUGCCUCCGACAUCACUGGCUGUGCCACUCAUCGGCAAGUACCUGAUGUUCACCAUGGUGCUGGUGACUUUCUCCAUCGUCACCAGCGUGUGUGUGCUAAAUGUUCAUCACCGUUCUCCUAGCACACACACCAUGCCACUGUGGGUCAAGGGCUUCUUCUUGCAUCGUUUGCCAGCAAUGUUGUUCAUGCAAAGGCCUGGCUCAUCAAACCUCCGGGAGAAAUUCCGGCACAAACACCAAAAUCGCUCGUUCUCUGAGAACUCUCUUAAAAGAGAGCAGGACGCUCUGGCAGAUUCCACACUCUUUGUGAAUGAGGACUCCAAAACCAUGAGCUGGAGGAUCAGAGAAAUGCAGGACAGCACAGAGGUCCGGAAACGGAUAUCAGUGAAGCAGUCGGCAGAUAUGGAGGAAGCCGUGGAGGGCGUGAGAUACAUCGCUGAUAAGAUAAAGAGCGAGGAUGAUGAUGAAGCGAUCAUUGAGGACUGGAAAUACGUGGCAAUGGUAAUAGACCGGCUCUUCCUCUGGAUCUUUGUGUUAGUUUGCGUUUCCGGAACUGUUGGCCUCUUUAUGCAACCGCUAGUCAAGAGCUACAACACUCCCAUGGAUGACAACACAGAGUGACACACACACACACACACACUCACACACACACACACACGAAAACCAGCUAGUUAUCACUCCCAAUUUAGAAACUGUGAAUGUGAGUUAAAUCAUUACUCUCUCUUUAACCCUGCCCUAAUGUUCACUACCUAGCACUGGACCCAGGUCAUGUGAUCCUACUGACCUCAACCAUUUGUUUAGAAACAAUAGCAAUACAGUUUCAGAGAGAGACUCACAGCAUACCGUACCUCAAUAUCCGAACCCUUAUACGGUUUCUAUGGUAACAAAAAUACCGAUUCUUAAUUUGCAUGUUCUCACAAAUACUGCAGUAAAUUUUAAAUAAAGGAUGAAUAAAUAACUAAUAAAUCAUGUUAUCUACAGGAGGCAGUUUACUGUGCUACAAAAAAAAUAAAUAAAACAUUUAAGUUGCAAAAAUAUUUUUCAAAAGUUACAUGUUCUAUCAAAAAUUGUGUUCAUAUAUUUAUUUAUUUCAUAAAACUAAGAUGGACAGUUACAUCAAGGUUAACAAAAAACCUACACACACACACACACACACACACUCUUUUGAUUUCUUGCAUCCACAUCAUGAAAGCCCAAGAUGAUCAAAUGUACGUUAAAUCAGUUUAACAAUAUUUAUUUAAAUAAUAUUCAUGUAAUUCUUUUGUAUUAAUAUCUGAAAUCUAUAUCAUUUAUACACACAUAAGAAUAAAUAUAGUCACAUAAACACAUGCAUGUAUUU